AUGCACCACAUCAUCUCUACCUCCCUCUUCCUCGUAUCCCUAACCUCGACCUCCGUCCUGGCAGCAGACUACCAAUUUCACGUCUACGGCCUGACAGCCGCCUGCCCCAGCAACAGGGACUGCAACUACUCUUUCAAUGUCCUCGGCAAUGAAACCGAUGCCUAUCCAGCUUUCGAUGCAUAUUGUACAGCUCGAACAAUGCCACGAGACUCCACGUAUCGACCAUGCGAUCUCAAGAGCGGUGCUGUGCAGGGAGUGGAAGCAUGGUUCAGUCUUGGAACCGACCCACAGACGCCGAGUCAAAACUAUCGGGAGACUGCACUACGCAAGUAG